AAGGCAGAAUCUCACUAUCUCAGUAUAAUGCAUCUUUCCUAAGAUUGCGCGGAAUCGAAUCAUUAUUCAUUAUCAUUACUUCCACCAAUGGCUUCGUGCCCCAUAAAUCUUCCUCACCGGUGUUCUCCCGGAACGCCGCGCCUCGGCCCCACUUCUUCCCUCCAAAACCCUAAUUCUCUUCUUAAAUUACUUCCUCAUUCUCCUUCUUCUCUUCUCAAUUCCAAUAAGUUACCCUCUUCCAGAAUCCGCCACCGCAGCUUUACUGCCAUGAACAACGCUCACAUGGCCACGGAGGCCAAGCCUGUUUCAGAGGAUAGAAUGCUCGUUUAUGUGCCGCCUCAUCCGUUGAUCAAGCACUGGGUUUCAGUUUUGAGGAAUGAACAAACUCCUUGCCCCAUUUUUAAAAAUGCAAUGGCAGAGUUAGGGAGGCUACUUAUUUAUGAAGCUUCAAGGGAUUGGUUGCCUACUGUAUCGGGGGAGAUACAGUCACCCAUGGGUGUUGCUUCAGUUGAGUUUGUUGAUCCAAGAGAGCCUGUGGCGAUAAUUCCCAUCCUUAGAGCUGGUCUAGCUCUUGCAGAAUAUGCAUCGUCUGUAUUGCCAGCAACAAAAUUAUACCAUCUUGGGAUAAGCAGGGACGAGGAGACUCUUCAACCAACUGUAUAUCUUAAUAAAUUACCUGAAAAUUUUCCCGAUGGUUGUAGAAUCUUUGUGGUCGAUCCCAUGCUUGCAACUGGUGGCACAAUAGUGGCAGCUCUUGAUCUCCUAAAGGAACGUGGAAUUGGCAACAAGCAAAUAAAAGUGAUAUCUGCUGUUGCUGCCCCUCCCGCUCUUCAAAAGCUCAGUGAGAAGUUUCCAGGGCUACAUAUAUACACCGGCAUUAUUGACCCGACAGUUAAUGAAAAAGGGUUUAUAAUUCCUGGACUUGGAGAUGCUGGAGAUCGCAGCUUCGGGACAUGAAAUUUGUUUCAUCGAGCUUCAAGACUAUUAAUGGAGAGCUUAAUUUGUUUACAAAAAAAAGAAUUAGGAUCUAGUUUUUCUUUACAAAUCAUAUGCUUCCUUGCCGUUGCCAAUAGCUAGUUGAACCUCCGCAACCACCCCCCACCACCUCCAGUAUCUCCCCACCAAAGCCACCAUCACCACCUCCGGCAUCAUUUGCCGUUGAAACCUGAAUCACCACCGGUAUCAACAGCUCCAUCUCUGGCGAAGGUGCUUGUAUUCGUAUUGUUCCUAUCAUUAAUUACUACUACGUCAAUUUGGCCCUCACCAUGGUAGAUGCGUCCCUGGAUGUUAGUUUUGCUAUUAUAAGCUCUUCUCAGGAUAAUAAUACUUAAAGAUGGAAGCCGAGACAAGGGGGUAAGAUGAUGAAUGCUGGUUGAACCAUAUUGUAUUAUUGUCUCUGAAUUAUGGAAUAUCUCUAGUUUAACAUCAACUGUUGAUUGUAAUUGUAAUUUAUAGGGACGAGAAAUAUUGGAAAUAUUUUACUUAUUAAAUUGAGAAGUCACAUUGUUUGACCUUUCAAAAACUUGUGCCUUUUGGCUA